AUGUCGGAACGCUUGAAUACGACCGACGAUGAGACAUCUGACCAGAAUUGUUUAAACCUUAAAAUGUCGGAACGCUUGAUUAUGACUGACGAUGAGGCGUCUGACCAGAAUUGUUUAAACCUUAAAAUGUCGGAACGAUUUAAUACGACUGACGAUGAGACAUCUGACCAGAAUUGUUUAAACCUUAAAAUGUCGGAACGAUUGAAUACGACUGACGAUGAGACAUCUGAACAGAAUUGUUUAAACCUUAAAAUGUCGGAACGCUUGAAUACGACCGACGUUGAGACAUCUGACCAGAAUUGUUUAAUCCUUAAAAUGUCGGAACGCUUGAAUAUGACUGACGAUGAGGCGUCUGACAAGAAUUGUUUAAACCUUAAAAUGUCGGAACGAUUUAAUACGACUGACGAUGAGACAUCUGACCAGAAUUGUUUAAACCUUAAAAUGUCGGAACGCUUGAAUACGACUGACGAUGAGACAUCUGAACAGAAUUGUUUAAACCUUAAAAUGUCGGAACGCUUGAAUACGACCGACGUUGAGACAUCUGACCAGAAUUGUUUAAACCUUAAAAUGACGGAACGCUUGAAUACGACUGACGAUGAGACAUCUGACCAGAAUUGUUUAAACAUUAAAAUGUCGGAACGCUUGAAUACGACUGACGAUGAGACAUCUGACCAGAAUUGUUUAAACCUUAGAAUGUCAGAACGAUUGAAUACGACUGACGAUGAGACAUCUGACCAGAAUUGUUUAAACAUUAAAAUGUCGGAACGCUUGAAUACGACUGACGAUGAGACAUCUGACCAGAAUUGUUUAAACCUUAAAAUGUCGGAACGCUUGAAUACGACUGACAAUGAGACAUCUGACCAGAAUUGUUUAAACCUUAAAAUGUCGGAACGCUUGAAUACGACUGACAAUGAGACAUCUGACCAGAAUUGUUUAAACCUUAAAAUGUCGGAACGCUUGAAUACGACUGACGAUGAGACAUCUGACCAGAAUUGUUUAAACCUUAAAAUGUCGGAACGCUUGAAUACGACUGACAAUGAGACAUCUGACCAGAAUUGUUUAAACCUUAAAAUGUCGGAACGCUUGAAUACGACUGACGAUGAGACAUCUGACCAGAAUUGUUUAAACCUUAAAAUGUCGGAACGCUUGAAUACGACUGACGAUGAGACAUCUGACCAGAAUUGUUUAAACCUUAAAAUGUCGGAACGCUUGAAUACGACUGACAAUGAGACAUCUGACCAGAAUUGUUUAAACCUUAAAAUGUCGGAACGCUUGAAUACGACUGACGAUGAGACAUCUGACCAGAAUUGUUUAAACCUUAAAAUGUCGGAACGCUUGAAUACGACUGACAAUGAGACAUCUGACCAGAAUUGUUUAAACCUUGAAAUGACGGAACGCUUGAAUACGACUGACAAUGAGACAUCUGACCAGAAUUGUUUAAACCUUAAAAUGUCAGAACGAUUGAUACAUGUGUGA